ACCACAAUCACUGGUUGAUUACGCACACAUUGGCGCCCCGGCUCGCUCCGUUGUCAAACGUGUCUGACAUUUGUAGGUUCUAAUUUAUGUGAUUAUUUGUUGUUGUGAUAGUGUAACGUAAUAAAUAUUCAAAAUGAAUAUAAAGGCGACGCUGGCCAUUACUAUGGUCUUUGUGGGAUGUUGCUCCAACGUAGUAUUCCUAGAAAUGGUUGUGAAAGAAGACCCGGGCGCGGGAAACCUAGCGACAUUCCUACAAUUCUUGUUCAUCGCUACAAUAGGAUUCAUGACUGUUGGCAAGUUCGGUACAGCUAAAAGACACAUUCCGUUCAAGCAGUAUUUGAUAUUAGUGGGAUUUUUCUGGACGAGUAGCGUUGCAAACAACUAUGCAUUCGACUUUAACAUUUCUAUGCCUUUGCAUAUGAUAUUCAGAGCUGGCUCUUUGAUGGCUAACAUGGCUAUGGGAGUUUGGAUUUUAAAGAAGAGCUAUCCACCAUUGAAAUACUUGGCUAUAUUCAUGAUAUCAGCUGGCAUAGCUUUAUGUACUAUAGUAUCAAGUUCAGAUGUGAAAGCGCCUCGGGAGACUCAUGAAGAUGCGGCUGAGGAAGAAAGAUUGAAGUUCAUUGAUUGGCUGUGGUGGUGCCUUGGAAUCGCAAUCUUAACCUUUGCAUUAUUCGUGUCAGCAAGGAUGGGAAUCUUCCAAGAAUCCUUAUACUCAAAAUACGGAAAGCAUCCUUGGGAAGCCUUAUUUUACACACAUUUAUUACCUCUAGUUUUCUGGUUGCCAACCGCGCCAAAUCUGAUUGGACAUGUCAAAAUCGCCACAGAGACGCCGAUAGUCGAAUUUUUAGGUAUCGAGUUUCCUAGACAAGUAUUGUACUUGAUACUUUAUGUACUCACACAAGGGUUAUGUAUCAGUGCAGUAUAUGUAUUGACCACAGAAUGUGCAUCAUUAAUAGUUACUUUGACUGUCACGUUGAGAAAGUUUGUUUCCCUACUUUUCUCAAUAGUGUACUUUAGAAAUCCCUUCACAAUGGGCCAUUGGAUUGGAACACUUCUUGUGUUUAUUGGGACCAUGAUAUUUACGGAGUUAUUACAGAAGACAAUUGGCUUGUUCUUGCCAGCUAAGGAUGAUAAGAAGAAGAAAUAAUCGUUAUGAGAAAAGUGUUAGGUUUUCGAACAAAAGCGUGGGUGUUAAAUGUGACUAUAUAAGUAUUUUGACAAAAGUUCUAUUCAUAAUUGUUCAGCAAUUACCACAAUGAUUGUUUAUCAGUGAAUCAUAUGAGUGUUAAAUGCCCUUUGUAUCAAGUGUGAUUUUUGCCAGUUAUACACCUCACUCAAGGAUCGCUUAGCAAAAUAAGUAUCUAAAUGCAAUUACAAAUGACUUUGCUUCUCUGAAGAUAGCAAAUUGACGUCUCACGCAUGCGCAGUACUGUUUACAAUUUUUUUACUCAUUUGACUUUUGUUACUAGCUAACUUUGGAGCGGCAAAGUCAUUUCAAAAGAACAUUUUAUUACACACUUUAAAUGCAUCUUGAAUACCGCUAAUUUUAUAUACAAAUCGCCAUAGUAAUAAAAUAUUAAUAAUAAUAUUUGUGCUGUCUUGAAGUGUUCUAAAAUCAUCAUGAUAUCUGUGACUUGCAACUUGUGUAAUUAAUUGAAAUAGAGCUGUGCUAUCAAUUGCUGCAAUCGACACACUGCUAAGCAACAGUAGGUACCUAUACUGUACAUACAUACUAAGAAUUUUUAUAUGUACAACAAUCAAUCGUACAUUGGUAAGAUAAAGUAGACCGUUGG